AUGGAGUUCAGUGUGCGGGAAGCGCGAAACCUCAAGGCCGAAGUGCGCAGGCGUCUCAACGGUUUCCCGCGACCCAAGGGCCGGUGCCAGUCUGGUGUAGGUUUGAAGUGCGUCUUGCUUGCAGUCGGUGGAGACCGGGACUUCUUGGGCCGUCUGACAGCCGGCCCCAGGGAGGGGUCAUCUUCGCGGAACCUCGCCAGCCUUGCGCGCGUCCGGCAGGCGGCGGGGGCCGAGGGCUCCUGACCCCAGCUCCUCUCACCUCCGCUGGCGAAUCCCGGCUGGAGGCCUUCUCCGGAGCAGCCUUCGUUUUGGUAGGAGCGCUUGAAAAUGGCAAUUGGACAGGAACGUGUGGUUGCUCUGGUGGACAUGGAUUGCUUUUUUGUACAGGUGGAACAGAGGGAAAAUCCACAUUUGAGAAACAAACCUUGUGCAGUUGUGCAGUACAAAUCAUGGAAGGGUGGUGGAAUAAUUGCAGUCAGUUAUGAAGCGCGUGCAUUUGGAGUUACUAGGAGUAUGUGGGCUGAUGAUGCUAAGAAGCUAUGUCCAGAUCUUUUACUAGCACAAGUUCGUGAGACUCGAGGAAAAGCUGACCUCACCAAGUACCGGGAGGCCAGUGUGGAAGUGAUGAAGGUGAUGUCUCGUUUUGCUGUGAUUGAGCGUUCAAGCAUCGAUGAGGCCUACGUAGAUCUAACUAAUGCUGUACAAGAGAGACUGCAAAAGCUGCAAGCUCAGCCUGUCACAGCAAACUCUUUGGCAAGCACCUACAUUCAGGGGUUUCCCCAUGGCACUAGGGCCCUGGAGGGGUCUAUUCAAAAAGAUGAAAUUCGAAAGCAAGGAGUAAUCCAGUGGCUUGAGUCUCUUCCCUUUGACGACUCUGGCUCUCCAGACCUGCAGCUCACUGUGGGAGCAGUAAUUGUGGAGGAAAUGAGAGCAGCUAUAGAGAGGCAAACUGGUUUUCAGUGCUCAGCUGGGAUUUCACACAACAAGGUCCUGGCAAAAUUAGCCUGUGGACUAAACAAACCCAACCGCCAAACUCUGGUGUCACAUGGGUCUGUCCCACAACUCUUCAGUCAUCUGCCUAUUAGUAAAAUCCGUAAUCUUGGAGGAAAGUUGGGGGCUUCUGUUAUUGAUACCCUGGGGGUGGAGUAUAUGGGUGAGCUAACCCAGUUUACUGAACUCCAGCUCCAGAAUCACUUUGGGGAAAAGAAUGGAUCCUGGCUGUAUGCCAUGUGCAGAGGGAUUGAACACGAUCCAGUAAAACCCAGACAAUUACCCAAGACCAUUGGUUGUAGUAAAAAUUUCCCAGGGAAAAUAGCGCUGGCUACCCAGGAACAGGUCAAGUGGUGGCUUCUCCAGUUAGCCCAGGAGCUAGAAGAAAGACUGAUCAAAGACCGAAAUGAUAAUGACAGAGUGGCCACACAGCUGACAGUUAGCAUCCGGGUACAAGGAGACAGACGUCUCAGCAGCCUGCGCCGCUGCUGUGCUCUAGUCUGCUAUGAUGCCCAUAGGAUGAGUAAUGAUGCAUUUGCUCUUAUCAGAAACUGUAACACUGCUGGAAUCAAAGCUGAAUGGUCUCCUCCUCUCACCAUGCUCUUCCUUUGUGCCACCAAGUUCUCUCCUUCUGUUCCACCAUCUUGCACAGACAUCACCAGCUUUAUGAGCAAUAACACAUCUCUUCAGAAGUCAGAUGCUGCCACUUCAAAUUCUAAAGCUCUGGACUGUGGUCCAAAGGGUGUAGCUACUAAGAGAGCCACCAGUUCUCUGGAGUUGCUUUUCCAAAAAGCUGCAGAAAAGCAGAAAGCCAAAGAGGCCUCCACCCCAGCUUCUACCAUUCAGGUCCCUGCAUCCAGUUCACCACUGAAAUCCUCUUUACAAUUUUGCUGCAACAAUACAACUGAAAUGGAGCCCUUCUUUAAACGAAAAAAUAGGGAGGCCCAAACAUACCCACAUCUUCAUAAUGGCUUUUCUGCUCCUCCCCCUUCACAAAAUUCAUUGCCUGUGGCUAGAAACAUCACCAAAACCCAGUUCUCCCCAGAAGAGCCAGAUCACGAUGAGGUACUAGAACCUAAACCUUCCACGGCUCCUCUAGAAGAAAUGGUUUUGGCCCAGUGUGGAUCAAGAAGACUUGGUUCUUCUCUGGACAAUGCUGGCAAGGUAGCUACUGGUGGCCCACCUUUUCCAGAUGCCGAGGACCAGAUGUGCUGUGAGAAGUGUGGCUCUUUAAUAUUAGUGUGGGAAAUGCCUGAACACAUGGACUAUCAUUUUGCAAUGGAACUACAGAACUCAUUUUUGGGACCCUGUUCCGGGUCUCCAGUUGUCCUUGCUACCUCCCCUUCUCAGAUCAAGAGAAGUCCCAAGAGCUCCUUGCCUUCAAAUGCCAAGCGCCUCAGGCCUGAGGGUACCCGAACAUUGGAAUCAUUUUUUAAGCCAUUAACACAAUAGCUCUGGCUCAGGGUUAGGCUGGCCCUGGAUUUUAUAAUUUUUAUCUGGAAUCCUAGAAAUGGAAAUAAAUGAUUGUGACUUUUAAAAGGAAAUCCAUAAGAAAACUUUUUUAGGAUACAGAAAAAUUUAUUUUUACAACCUUACAUAUGAUUAUUCUGGCAUUCCUUUUAAAGAUGCAGUUUUUCUAAUUGGAAACCCUAGUGAGAAGACUUGAAAUUAGACUUUAUUGAUGCUUAUACAGUGCUUGCACACCUGGUUACUUGAUAUAGGCAUGCUCUAGUUAAGGUAAUCCCAACCUGUUUUUUUCAUGGUAAUGUUAUAACCAAAAAAAAGGCACAGUAAUGAAUUAUAUAGUAUAGUUUGGCUGAUUUCUUACUAUAACACUUUCUAUGUGAUUAAUUUCCCCUUGAAAGCUUUAUUUCAUAGCACUAAUUAAUGGUAUCAGGCAGGAUAUUUUUAUAGUAACUAGAUCAGUUAAUGGCAAGUAUGGGUUUAACAACAGCAAUAUUUCUCAAUAGCCUCCAAUCCUAAGAGUUUUCCUUUCUAUUAAAUAUAGUGGAUUUAUCGGUACAAAUCAGGAAUUCUAGCCUGUUGGAGAAUGGAUUUUAAAGUAUUAUGCCACAAUCUGCAGAAGUUUGGAAAGUGGCUCCACCCUACAUAGAUGGAUACCAAA